GAGAUGCACUCACACACAGCUGGACGGACAGCAGCGUCUCCACUGCAGCUGGAAAAGGAUGUAAAUCACCGACAUUUGCAAGUUUUUCAGUGACAGAAAUCAGCGGCUGGACCCUGCUCGUGUAACCGGUUUGUCGUUACCUUGCUGUAAAAUAAAUAAAUAAAUAAAUAAUAAUAAUAAUAAAAAAUAAAAUAGCGGCUGUGUUCUGACGCCGCAACUCACGCGACAGCCGGCUGAAAACAAACGGCUGAAACUGAAUGAGCUGUUAAUUUGAAGAAGAGCUGAAUACAAGACGAGACAACAACGAUGGAGUCUAUUUUAGACAGUUUGGCAGCAGAGAAACUCUACCCAUCCGGAGGGACCAACCUGUUGGACCUGGAGGAACUCAGCGACGGAGAUUUUCUCACUAAUGUGCCUUUCUCAGGUGACCAGAUGGACGAUUUCAGCAGUGAUUUAUUCAACAGUUUCUUUGAAGACCAUCUACUAGAGCGACCUCUCUUGACAGACAGACCUUCACCUCUACACAUGGAGCUGGACAGCAGCCCAGAUAUUCAAGCAGAGCACAGCUACUCUUUGAGUGAAGACUCCGCCCCCCAGAGCCCUGCCCUGUCAAUCAAAAUGGACCAAGAGUCUGAGUUUGAGUGGAGCUUCAGUCAGGACCUGUCGGCAAUUUUAGUGAAACAAGAGGAACCUGAUGUGGGUCAAAGGUUAGACCCACAGCCUCUGGAAGGCCCGCCUCUCAUAUUAAAUCCUGCCCCACCACACAGAGGAUCGUCAUGGAAACACACGGAGCGCAGUCAAGAUGAUGUGAAGCCUGUAGCCAUUAAGGAUGAACCCAGAGAGCACGGACAGUACAUCAGCCUGCCCAGCGAGGAUGCACUCCAGCUCCCUCCCACCCCUCCCAGCAGUAACCACGGUGACAGUGACGGCUCUCUGCCCCCCUCUUCCCCACACCUCCCUCUGCCACCAUCCUCCCCUUCACCACAACAGAGACCGGGGGGACGAGCAUCUUCCUCCUCCUCUUCUUCCUCAGCCAUCUCCUCUUCACCUCUGCUCACUGCACCACAUAAGCUGCAGGGUUCUGGACCCCUCAUGCUAACAGAAGAAGAAAAGAGGACCCUGGUCGCUGAGGGAUACCCAGUACCUAACAAACUCCCUCUCACCAAGAGUGAAGAGAAGGCACUGAAGAGAGUCAGGCGGAAGAUUAAAAAUAAGAUCUCAGCUCAGGAGAGUCGGAGGAAGAAAAAGGAGUAUGUGGAAUGUCUGGAGAAAAAAGUGGAGGGGUACACGUCAGAAAAUGGUGAUUUGUGGAGAAAAGUGGAAAACCUCGAGACUGCAAACAGGUCUCUCCUACAGCAGCUCCAGAAGCUUCAGUCUUUGAUUUCAGGGAAAGUGGUCCCUCGCUCUUGUAAAAUUGCCUCAACUCAAACUGGGACAUGCCUCAUGAUGAUGGCAGUGUGUUUCAUCCUGGUGUUGGGCUCCUUCUCGCCUUGCCUCUCUCCUCUGUCCUUCCUCACUCACAGCUCCUCUUUGUCCUCCUCUUCCUCUCAGCCGUCCUCCUCUCCUUCCCUCCCGUCGGCGGACCUGUACACCACCAGUCAGGUCCGUUCCCGCAGCCUCCUCUUUUACAAUGAGGGCGCUCCUUUAGAGGAGAAUUUAGUGACUUCAGAGGCAGAGAGGCUACAAUCAGAAGGCCACUCCCACACCCAGACAAGCCGUUACACAGCAGACCACAGCAACCAGACAACAGAGCCCAAGCUACACCAAAGAGAAACAAAACCAGAUGGUGUAUCAGAGGUUUUCUGACAGACAGCCCACCCACCCCACCUCCCAUACCUCCUCACCUCUGACCCCAAGACUCCUCAACUCAGCGGGCGUGUGAUCCACCUUGCUUCACAUUUUCAUCGCUAGCUGGACUGAAGCCACAUCCAACCUGGGCCAUCCUUCUCCUUUUAAGACAACAGAGACUGCAGUCCUUCUGCUUGUAUGUCAUACUUUGGAUUACUCCUUAAACACCUGAAUAUACUUGACUUGAAAGGGGCCAUAUUAUUGGAAUUGAUAAAAAAAAUAUAUAUAUUUGAUCCAAUUUAAGUACUCCAUAGAACACCAAAGAAUCCAUCUUAAGUUGUAAAACUCACAGAGAAUAAGACAUGCUGAGCUAAAAUUAAAGUAAAGCCACUUAACUAAAGAAAGGACCUCUUUAAAAAGACCUUGCAUCUUUCAGGACUAUUUUAUAUUUUGUAUGCAUUAUAAACAAAGCUGACCUCCACUGUGGAACUUAGUUAUAUGUUUAACCCCCACAUAAAAGUCUAGUCACUGCUUUGGUUUUGACUUUUCACCAAAUCAAAUCUCACAUUAAUAGUGCCUUUCAGUGUCUGCCCCCACCAAAUGUCUGCAUCCAUAACUCCAAACCUGGCAAACAAAUUCAGUGAAGGGACCAGAAAAUGGGGUCCUGACAGAGGUUGGGAAACAUAAAAGUAUUUUUAUGGAAUUUUAAAAUUGUAUAUGUAAUAUAUUUGCAGCAUCAAAAAAGAGCAUAUUUAAUUUAUGCAACAAAAAAAAAUAUUGUUCUGUUUUAUGGUUAGUUUAUCUUGUCUUUUUUAAAAUAAUGUUUACAAAACAAAAAAUACAAUUAAAUCUCAUAUAAUAUAUUCUGAGCAUCAAAAAAAGAGCAUAUUUAUUUUAUGCAAAAAAAAAAGGAAGAAGAAUUGUAUUUUGUGUUUUGGCAUUUAGGAUGAUGUGAAGUUUUACAUGACGGUGUGUAGAUCACAUGCCAUUACUGAAUGUAAAGCUUAGACAUGAUCUGUGUGUCUGUUAACUGUAAUACAGUGUUUAUGCUGCACUGCUGUCACAUGGAAACCUCACACAUUCACUCACGGAUCAAGAAUUGUAAAGGGAAACGGUUAAAUACAUUACCGAAUCUCACUGUUUUAUUUUCCACAUCAGAAAUUUUGAUCUACCCUUUGGUUAGUGUUUGAUUUUGAGAAGGUUUUUUUUUCCAAGUACUACUUUAACAGUGAAGUUCAGUGAAAGGUGAAGGAGCUGUACAAUAAAAUUAAAUCUAAAAUUAAUGAAUGGUACUAUUUUUAGGCAUUUUAUAAACAUAUUAAAAGGCCCCCAGUGAGUAACAUUUAGUGACAUCUAGUGUUAAAUAUCCUCCAUUUCCAAACAUGUAAACCAAAGUGAAAUGUCGCCAGUAUCUGGACCAUUUACACUUAGAGAUGAUGUUAUUUAGCGGCAGGCAGCAUGUGCAGGAAUUAAUUCAUUCCUGAUCUGACAACGCCCUGUAAUCAGCCUGAUCAGUCAGUUUAACCCACUUAUCACACUCACUGUGAGCUUUCAGACAAUUCUCACACACAGGCUCAUCUGGACAUGAGUCAGAAUUCUAUUUCUCCUCCUUUUCCCAAUUAUCUGAGAUUCUGAUAAGGUGUAUUGAUUUAAGAAUUUGGCUCUAAUGCAGUGACUACACACUUCCACUGCCUCUAGACCAGAAGUUGGCAAGCUUCACAACCUAAAGAGUCAUUUUUGUCACGAAAAAGAAGAAAGAAAUCUGACUAGAGCAAUGAAUUUAUUUUUUUUUUAAACCUAUCUACAUAUUACCAUGAGGUGGCUGCUCUGCUGUAGCCUGUUGGUGAUGAGUUUGCUAUUUACUUUUAUAUUUCCAUUACAAUAAUGCAAUGUCUGGUGCAUCCUACUAUAAUAGACGUUCUGUGUCCGAAACGUGUCCAGAUGUUUGUCCCGAUGUUGCAGCACGAGAGGGUGUACGGCUGUUGCACCACGGGAGGGCGCUAUUGUACAAUGGCACCACAAGUACAAUGCCGCUAGUUUAUUAAAUUAUACAACUACAAUAAAGAAAACAUUCAAGAUUUGUAUGAUUUUUUUUUAAAUGAUGGACACUAUUUCCAAAACAUAAGUACGUUGUGUAAUGAAGAAGAAGCUCAACUUUCAUGUUUCGAGGCUUACUUUUAAACAGACAAAUGACGAACAAAUGCAAAUUGAGCAUCUUGUAUUGAAUUUGGCAAGAAAAUAAUACAUUUUGGUUUAUAUGCUGUCAAAAAAAAUAUUUUAUUCCGUGUAUAGCUGGCACAUUUUUGCGGACAAAGUAGAAUAAAUUUAGGCCUAUAACACUAUUAAAAAGUAAUGACAUUCAGGUCAUUUCAAAAUGUUCCUUAUGUUUGUUGACCAGGCGAGACAUUGAGAGACGUUGAAGCCCUCCCCUAGACACUACCCACCAACCAGUUAUCCAUCUGUAAAUUAUUAAUAAUCACCAAAGUUUAAAGUAAAAACUGACAAUAAAUGGUUAGCGGUGGGUGUUUUAAUUACUUCUAAAGGUGAAUAAUCGAUCCAAUGUAAGAUUAUUUGAUUAGCUGCCAUAAUCACUGUUAAUGUGUAUGCUCCGCCCACACCAGAAUAACAAUAAAAAACCAAAACUGACCAACCAAGGAGUGGAUCAACCACAAGAACAGACAAUUUUUCAGACUGUACAUAUGCAGCACUUAAGCA